UCCAACUUUUUAUCUCUCCCACGCUUUGUCUGGUGCUCUUAUUUUCUUUCAAAUUUCCUCCAAAGCUCCAACCUGUACAAACUUCCUCUCUCUCUCUCUCUCUCUCUCUCUACAAGAAAUUCUUCGUAUUCUUCUAUCAUUUUCAUUAGAGCUAUGCAGUCUCAGACUAGGACGGUUCAAGUCAAGCACGUUUCGGAUCUAGCUACUGAGAGGGAGAUUCACGAGUUCUUCUCCUUCUCUGGAGAAAUUGAGCACAUAGAGAUUCAAUGUGAACAAGGGGAAUCCAAGACUGCGUUUGUUACAUUUACAGAUCCUAAAGCUCUUGAAAUUGCCUUGUUGUUAUCGGGAGCAACAAUUGUGGAUAAGAUCGUGAGCAUAACUCCUGCUGAAAAUCAUGUACCAAGAAGAGAAAUGCAGGAAGUACGGGUUGCAGACAAUGCUGCAUGUCUCACGCCUACAGAAAAUAAUUCUCCUAGCAUUGAGGAUUCUGCGAGCCAGCCUAGCAGUGGAAAAAUGUAUGUUAAUAGAGCACAAGAAGUAGUCGCAACUGUGCUUGCUAAAGGUUCAGCAAUUGGACAAGAUGCCAUGAACAAGGCAAAAGCAUUUGACGAAAAACAUCAGUUAACAGCCAGUGCAUCUGCAAAAGUAUUAUCCUUUGACAGAAGGGUUGGGCUUACAGAGAAAUUAACAGUUGGGAUAUCAGUGGUUAACGAGAAAGUCAAGUCUGUGGAUCAAAAGCUUCAUGUUUCAGAUAAAACAAUGGCUGCAAUCUUCGCAGCUGAGAGGAAACUCAAUGAUACAGGCUCUGCUGUCAAAACAAGCAAGUAUGUGACAGCAAGUGCUGCAUGGCUAAAUGGCGCUUUUGGCAAGGUCGCUAAAGCAGGGCAAGCAGCAGGUACAAAAACCAGAGAAAAGUUCCAUUUGGCUAUGUCAAACUUAAUUUCAAAGGAACCCCCAGUUGUUGCCUAAGCUUAAAACUUGCCUCUCACUUGGCUUGGUUGCUUGUAUUUUCAGUGAGGUAUUGAAAUUAGUUUCUUGAAUGUAUUCUAUUUCUUCAGUAUUGUCCUCUAUUGUUUUCUUUUUCGUUCUUUUUAAGUAUUAUUUUUUUAUAUUGUUCAUAUUCUUUUACAAUGGUGUUUGGCUGAUGACAAUUUUGCAUUUGUAAAAUUGGUUAUGGAAGUGUAAAGAAAGUCCAAUUAUGUUUUUGUCUUAUACUCUUUAAUUAUUUGUUUAGAAAUAUCAAGUUUGUGGCUCAGCUUGCUUCUUGCUCA